AUGUAAUUGUGUACACAAGUCAUACAUUUUAGCAGCUCAACCAUCAUUUUAGGAAAUAGCUUAUCUUUGAAGAAUAUAUCUUAAUCAUCUUUUUUUUUCAUUAGAAAUAAUGUAAAGAGGAUUAUGCAAAGAAAUGAUAUAAAUAGAUUAUAUGAUAGCUAAAUAAAUGUAAAAAUUAAAUGUGUUGAUAAAUUCUCUUAUAAAAUCGUUUCGUAGAUAGUUUUAGACAAAUCUUAAGCAUCUCUAUUAUAAUUUGCUUAGUCACUUUCAGAUUAAUAUUUUGCAAUUAUAAAUAUGAACUCAAUAAGUCUAUUAAAUAUCAUUAAAGCCAUAGCUAAAAUUUUAGAUUUGCAAUGGGGACUUAGAAACUAUGAAGCUAUUUUAUAAUAGAAUUAUUAAUAAUUAUAUUAUAUGAAAUUAUCCAUUUCUUAGAGUUAUUGA